AUGAAUGGAGGACAGUUGUUCUGUACUUUGGAUUUAAGUAACGCUUAUCUCCACUUGGAAAUGGAUGCUGAGAGUGCAGAAAUUCAAACUUUGAGCACUCAUAAAGGACAAUACACAGUUAACAGACUGAUGUUUGGUGUAAAAGUUGCUCCAGGGGUUUGGCAAAAGGUGAUGGACGGAAUCCUUCAAGACCUUCAAGGUGUUCAGUGCUUCUUCGACGAUAUAAUAAUUCAAGGAACGUCAUCAAAAGAACUACUAGAAAGACUAAAGCAAGUGUUUGAGCGUUUAAGGAGUCAAAAUUUGAAGUUGAACCGUGACAAGUGUAAAUUUUUUCAAAAGAAAAUUGAAUAUCUAGGACAUAUUAUUGACGCCACUGGAAUCCACAAAAGUAAGGAUAAAAUCACAGCAAUUACAAAUGCACGAAGGCCUCAAAACAUACAAGAACUCCGAUCUUUCCUAGGGCUUGUUAAUUACUACAACCGGUUUGUAAAGAAUUUGUCCAAUGUUUUAAAUCCUUUACAUAGACUUCUAAAAAAAGGGCAGUCAUUCAUAUGGGACAGUAAGUGUGAAGAAGGGUUCCAAACCAUCAAGAAAAGAAUAACAAGUGACACAGUCCUUUGUCACUUUAACCCAGACCUGCCAUUGAUCCUUGCAACUGACGCUUCACCAGUGGGACUUGGAGCAGUGAUAUCACAUCGUUUCCCAGAUGGAAGUGAAAAGCCUAUAGCUUUUGCUUCAAGAUCAUUGACCAAUGCUGAAAAACAUUACAGCCAAAUCGAUAAAGAAGCCACAGGUAUAUACUGGGGGUUGAAGAAAUUUUUUUCUUAUUGCUAUGGACGUCAUUUUACACUCAUCACGGACCAUAAACCAUUAGUGUCAAUCUUCAAUCCCAACAAGAGCCUACCAUCAAUGUCAGCUACGCGACUAUUCAACUACUCCCAUUUUUUAUCAGGAUUUAACUACACAAUUGAAUUCAAGAGAACUGGUGACCAUGGCAAUGCAGAUUUCCUCUCAAGAUUUCCUGUGGAAGAUUCAAAAUAUACAAGUAUUGACCAGUUUGGACAUUUUCAAACAAACCAAUUGAACACCAUAACUAUCAAUCCCAAAGAACUGGCCGAAGAAACUAAGAAGGAUGCAUAUCUAAAACAAAUUGUGGAGGCUCUUGAGGAGGGUCAAUCAUUAGAGCCAUUGGGAUUUCACGAUAAUGAAGUUACAUUACAUGAAGGAUGCCUCUUCAAAGGGUGGAAAGUAAUCAUCCCAAAUUCCCUCAAGAAAAGAAUUCUCAAUGAACUACACUACGGGCACAUUGGUAUAGUAAAAACCAAAGCUUUGGCAAGAAGUUACUGCUUUUGGAGAGGAAUGGAUAAAGACAUUGAAAACAUGAUUGCUGUUUGCAAGCCUUGUCGGGAGAAACAAAAUUCUCCAACGAAAGAGAUCAGUCAUCCUUGGGAACCAGCAACUAAGCCAUGCGAGAGAAUACAUAUAGAUUUCAUGGGCCCAACAAAUGGACAACAAUUUUUCAUUGUUGUUGAUGCUUUCUCCAAAUGGGUAGAGGUAAUACCUACAAAAACAGCAACUACCGAUUGGACUAUUAAGGAGUUAAAGAAACUUUUUAGUACUUUUGGUCUUCCAAGCCUCCUAAUUUCAGACAAUGGACGAAGUUUCACUUCUCUUACUUUUCAAGAGUUUCUUAAGUCAUGUGGAACUCAACACAAAACGACUGCUCCGUUCCACCCAUCAUCUAAUGGACAAGCUGAACGCUUUGUACAAACAGUGAAGAAGAUGUUGAAGUCGAUAUUAGAUGAGCCAGGAACACUUGACAGUAAAAUUCACAAGGCGUUAAUACAACUCCGUCAAGUGCCAAACUCAACAGGAAACUCGGCAUACUAUCUCAUGUUCAACAGACAAGUAAGAACAUACCUCAGUGUUAUGCUACCUUCUAGAAUCGAGGACUCAAAAGACAAACCUAAAGGUAUAACACGCAUAUUUAAGGUCGGAGACCGUGUUCAAGUGAGAAACUACUACAAGGGUCAGACAAAAUGGAGUUUCGGAAAAGUUACAUCAAGAGAUGGAAAUCUACAUUACAACGUUGAACUGGAGAACGGAGUAACAUGCAGACGACAUGUAGAUCAAAUGCUGCGGUCAAGACUUUAA